AAGGUACCACUAGGUGUUCCUAGGCUUUGGUGGGUUAUUGCUUUGAUUUAGGAAGCACUCUGUUAGCAAAAGCAGCGUAACCGUCGGCUGCCAAGUAAUUGUAAAGUUAGAUUAAUAACUGAAUAUAUUUCAAGUACUUAGUUCAAAUCGUUCGGCAGUACUUAGGGAAAUUGAACCAGCGAAGGAAAAACUGUAACUUACGAAAAUUGAAACGUAACUUUCAAACAAGAUAAAAAGUUCAGACAACAUCACUUUUCUUCUUAACUGUUCUCGACGUUAGCAGUUAGAGAGCAUAUCCGAAUUCAGAGUUGUAUAUCUACAACUUACAAAUUAUAUAAAAAUUAAAAGGUCUAUAAAUCUGUUUUUCCUAUUACUCUCGCGUACAAAAUAACGUAUUUGGAAUUAACGACUAUCAGAACGAAGAAAUUAAAGUGAAGAACAUGGCCAAAUGGGGAGAAGGAGAUCCGAGAUGGAUUGUAGAGGAACGGCCAGAUGCCACAAAUGUGAACAAUUGGCACUGGACUGAAAAGAAUGCUUCAUUUUGGUCUCAAAAUUUACUGAAAGAAUUACUGAAUGAUCUUACUAUUGAGGGAGAAGUUGGACGAUGUAAAAUAACUGAGAUCACCAAGGUCAGUGGUGAGGCAGUAGCUAAUAACCGUAAGGGCAAGUUGAUUUUCUUCUAUGAAUGGGAAAUUACCCUAAAGUGGAAGGGACAGCACAAAGAUAGUGACACCGAAAUUGAAGGAACAGCAGAGAUACCAAAUUUGAGUGAAGAAAAUGAUCCCUGCGAGGUUGAUGUGAACAUAAGUGUGACGACCACGGAUGAUUUUUCUCAACAGCUGAAGGACAUGAUGAGGACCGUUGGAAUACAAAAUAUUCGGGAAAAAUUGGCAGAAUACAUAAAAAGAUUAAAAGAUGAGUUUUCUCAGGGAAUGAUUUUGCCAACAAAAGAACAAGCCAAGACAACUUCUAAUGUUUUGAAAGUAACGCCCACAAAACAAGUUUACGCUACAUCAGAAAACUUGGAAAGAAAAGGGAUGAGACUUGACCUGACUGAGUUAAAUAUGACAGAAUCUUUCAAAUGCAAAGCUGAAGAGUUCUUUAGAGCACUCACAAUAAAAGAGAUGGUUCAAGCUUUUACUCAGGGCCCCUGCCAGCUGGAACUUACAGAAGGAGGAAAGUUUUCGUUGUUUGAUGGAAAUGUUCAUGGUAUUUUUGUUGAGUUGAUUCCCAAUAAAAAGAUUGUUCAGAAAUGGCGUUUCAAGACCUGGCCAAGUGGUCACUAUUCUGAUGUAACCCUGGAAAUAACAGAAAAAGAAGAUUCAACUGAAGUGAAGCUGACCCAGAAAGGGGUUCCAAGAAAUGAAUUAGAACAAACUCGAGAAGGAUGGAAGAAUUACUAUUGGCAGAGCAUGAAGAGGGUAUUCGGAUUUGGAGCAAUGCUUAUCUGAUAACAUGGUAG